AUGGCUCAUCAAGAAGGGGAAAUAUUAAAUCAUUUAAAACGUAUGUUGCCAUUAGGUAAAGAGCAAGUGAGCAUUCUCCAAAAUAGGGCAAAACUUUUACGUGAAGGUCAAUACAAAACACGCGGUGAAUCGUUAUUGCCAUUGAAUUUGGCUUCAUUAAUUUUUGAGUGUUUGGCGAUGUGUCCGUCACUUACGCAAGAUAAAAUCACUGAUGAAACUUUAGGUUUUGAAGCGUCUGUAGCCGCUUUAGGUAUGAAAGCCAACAUAAGUGAAGCAGAACAUCCAUUGCUAUGUGAAGGAAUUCGUAGACAAAGAGGUGAUUUGGCAACAAACAUAUUAAUCCGUUAUAAGAACAAUCCUACUCGUUUGGCUUUGGCUAUGGACAAAUUAUUAGAUAGAGAAGUUCAUCCAUUUUUACAAUCAGCAAUGGACUCUUGUUGGUACCAAAUAAGGGAUCCUAGAAAUUUACCAUUAAUAGCUAUGAAGAAUGUCGCCAACAGCAAUAUUCAUAAUCAACCACUACAAACUCACAAUCCAACCACUAGUGUACCUGGAGAGUUAGACACAAACAUAGCUGUUAUGACGUUAAAUCCCAUACCACCUCAAACGUCUAGUAGUUGUAAUGUAGGAUUAUCCUCUCAUAGGAAAGAUAAUAACAGGUAUAAAAGUAGCAAACGUUUAUAUCCCAGUCAACCAAACCAAGCUUCUGAAGCAAAUGCUCACUACUUAUUUGAAUUGGGUAAAACUAUAUUAAGCAAAGUAGGUGGACCAAUACAAACUACAGUAUUUUCACAACCACCAUUACCUACUCAACCACAUCGUGCUCUACACAUGUGUGCGUUCCAAUUAGCCUUGUAUUCUUUGGGUCUUCUCAACCGUGUUACGCCCAACUGGCGAAGUCGCAAUUAUUCGUCUCAAGUUACAUGGAUUGCUGAUCAUGCAAUGGAAGUAGGUGCACCAGCGACACUGUUCUUACUAGGUACAUGGGAUGGUCAUUUGACACCAACCGAAAUAGCAAAUAUAGCCGAUAGAAUGUCUAGGAGCCAUGAACGUAAUACUGUUGAGGCAGCAGCACAAUUGGCAUUGUCAUGUUUAAAACAUUCAGUGGCUCUCAAUCCAAACGAAAUAACUAGAGCUAUAAUACAGUGUAAAGAACAGUCUGAUCACAUGAUGGAAAUUGCUUGUCUGACUGUAGAAAUGGCAGCCAAAGGUGGAGGAGUUUUUCCUGAAGUUUUAUUUAGUGUAGCAAAACACUGGUUCGACUUAUAUAUGAGGAAUUCCAAUCCAGACGAGGACAAUUACAUGCUACAAGUAGAUCCCAGAGAUGAAUUCAAAUGCCCUUAUGUUUAUCAAGCCAACUAUUCAAUGUCAGUUGACACAUCCCAACAACCACCACCUCCUCUGUAUGCACAUCAGUUGAUGGUGCCACCACAGACAUCUCCAGCUCAUCUGUACCAACUAUCAUACUUUCCUAACCAAUCAAUUCCUCAAAAUUCACCACCACUCAAUACCCAACAGCCCAAAUUAAUGUAUUAUCCAUGUCCAUCUGUGUCUACGUCAAACCAAUAUGCACAACCGUACUAUUCACCAUAUAUACAUCAAACUCCUGUGCAGUAUCAAAACGCAAAUCCUCAAAGGCAACCACAGCAAGGACCGUCACAAUAUUUUGUUCAGCCUACCAAUCAAAUCAGAACUCCACAGCAACAAACAGAAGCAAACAUUAUGUCAAACCUUCCACCACCAAAUUUCAGACAAAUUCAUCAUUUGACGUCUGCGUACCGUGUUGGCCUUUUGGCUUUAGACACAUUGGCUAGACGGGCCCACGAACCUAAUCAGGCAAAGUACUCUAGGAACCCACCAUUCAGAGAAGAUAUACAAUGGUUGUUGCGUCUGUCGAAGAAACUAGGACCUAAUUACACUCAACAGUUUUGUUUGGCUGUCACUAACAGUGUAGUGAAUCCUUUCACACUACACGAUGUUGCAAUGGAGGCUGUUAUGUACAUGGGACAUUUUAGUCCCACUCCUGCCAUAUGCUCCACCUUGAGUCCCUUGGUUGAAAAGUGUCAUUCAAUGUAUAUUCAACUGUUACAUCAAAAGUUAUAUCAAUUGUCAGCAGCAGACUACGAAGAGUAUGUCGGAAUACUCUAUUCUGCUUAUGGUGCAUUUGCUAUGACACCAGAAGGCGGUACCAUGUUCAAGGACUGGUUGCAGUCUGUUAGAAGAUCCAAAUCAUGUAAAAAAGAACUAUGGACAAUGAUAACAAAUAUGCUACCCACUACAUGA